AUGCCGGCUAAUAAACCUAUUCUCAAAACUUCUCUUCCAACUGCGCAUGCAGCCUCCUCAACAGCAGCAUUACAAAAGCCUAACAAUGCACGUCGUGCGCCACCCAAGUCCAAGGCGCUUGAGCAGCAAAAGGGCCAACCUACGAACAGGCCAAACGUCGAUCCACGGCAUCUCGCAAUCGCCAUGCAUCAUGCUCACCAGAUUCAGGCACAGAAAGAUACAGAAGCUCUAAUUCUGGACCGUAUCCUCGAGCUUGUCAAUUUUCCUUCUUCGCUGACAGUGGACCCGGCCGCUCCGUCUGCUGAAGACGCUCGAGCUUUCAAAGCAGCCCUUGUUCCCUUCCAACCUGCCGAUUACGAUAAUUUGAUUCUUGAGCGAAACAUCGAGGGCCUUUGUGGAUAUGGUUUAUGUCCCCACGAGCACCGCAAAGAGGACACUAAAGGCAAGUUCAGAAUCACAUGGGGCGCUAAGGGUAGUGGUCCCGGGGGUCGUGGCCGCGAGAUGAAUAUUGUCCCGAAAGAGAAGCUCGAAAUGUGGUGUUCGGAUGAAUGCGCCGAACGAGCGAUGUAUAUACGGGUGCAGUUGGCAGAGGAACCUGCAUGGGAGCGCCGGGAUGGGAGACACGCCAAGGAGCUCGUAUUACUCGAAGAAGACAGAGCAAGGGCACGGAAAGGAAAGAGCAAGAUGAGCAGUUCAGCCACCUUGAAAGAAGUCACUGGUCAACUGGAAGGCCUCAACAUGGAAGGGACUGAAGGGCCGAAUGAUCUUGCCAACGCCAUCUCGGGCAUAUCCCUUGAUGCCGCUCGCUUUCGUGAGCUUGCCAUGGAACGUGGAGACGCAAAUCCAGCUCUUCAAGCCGGCAGAGUGGAUAUAGCAAUUAGAGAGAACGAGGGUCUUUCGCAACACGUCACGCCCCCCCAAAUGCGGCCAGGCGAUGACAAAGGAGGCUCCAUUGAAGGCUACGUGCCAAAGGAAAUCUGA